GCAGCAGGACGAUGCUUUGUACUUCUCUUUUCUGGCAUUUUGAAACAAUAAAACACGGUGCGAUGUCAUUUAGUUGCCCCUUGAAGAACCGAACAUAAGCAUACUGCAGCAGGGAUGCUCUGCCUUGGGCUUGUGGGCUACAUCUGGCCCGCAGAGCAGUGUUGCACAGUCCGCAGAGCUCCCCGUGGGUCCAGCAACUCCGCAGCGGGGAAGCAGUGACAGCAUUACUUGCUGCCCCCUGCUGCUAAAUUUCUACACUGUUGAUGUUUGUUAUAUGACCUCUGUGCAAUGAAGAAGGCCUCGCAACAAAGAACAUCACCCAAAAAAACACAGAUGUCACCCUCUCGUACCCCAAGUCCAAUGUCUACUCUCAGCUCAAGCACCAGGUCACCAUCUCCUCUCAGCAGGCAGGGAACUACAGCUAAUUACAAACCCAGGGGCCAGAGACGUCGACAACUUGAUGUUGCAGGGGAAAGUGAUGUAGGAGCUUCUUCUGAAUACCAGAGUGAGAAAGAUGAAGAUAGCCCAGGCGUUCGGUACAUUACAGAGUCAUUGAUUAAAAACCUGUCCAAACAGGAAAAUUUGGCAUAUGUAAACUCACUGAAUCUUUCUCUUGGUAAGGAUUUGGACAAAAAGUUUAAGUAUAUAGAAAAUUUGGAAAAGUGCUCUAAACUAGAAGUACUAAAUCUCAGUAACAAUCAAAUAGAGAAGAUUGAAAAGCUGGAUAAACUGCCAAAGUUACGUGAACUCAAUUUGUCCUACAACAAAAUCAGUAAAAUUGAAGGUAUAGAACAUAUGCAGCAUCUUCAAAAGCUGAACCUUGCAGGGAAUGAAAUCGAGCAUAUUCCUGUGUGGGUAGGAAAGAAAUUAAGAUCCUUGCGCAUCCUUAAUUUGAAAGAAAAUAAAAUAUCCUCACUCCAUGACAUAGCUAAGCUGAAGCCACUAAAAGACUUGACUUCUCUGUUUCUGGCAAACAAUCCAGUUGUAAAUCUGCCUCAUUAUCACCUGUAUACCAUAUUCCACCUGAGGUCACUAGAAAACCUUGAGGGACAACCAGUGACAAAUCACGACAGGCAGGAGGCUCUCGAGAGGUUCGAUUUAGAAGAGAUAGAAAAGUUAGAAAGAGAUUUGGAGAAAACAGUAAAAGAGAUGGAGGACCUUAAAAUUAAACAGUCCCAAGUGCUUGAGCAACUUCAACAUCAAGAUGAAGCGAACAGAUCAUUAAAAGAGAAGGCCUUGCAACAGAAACAAAGUUAUAAAGAACUUCAGAGGGACCUAGACACCAAAAAUGAACUGCUGGUAUCUUGGUUUGUCACAGUUCCCUUUCUGCUGAGCCUUUAUUCCUCACUAAAGCUAAAGCAGAAGACUGUGGAGUUAACCCGAGCCUGCCAGAAGCAAUAUGAAUUGGAGCAGGAACUGGCUUUUUAUAAGAUUGAUGCCAAAUUUGAGCCAUUGGGUUACUUUCCAUCAGAGGAUGUUGAACUUGAUGAUGUACCUGGUGAAAGUCCUUACAUCGGUAAAGCUAGAUAUAAGAGAAACAUGUAUACCAGAGAAAGUUACAUUUCUAAUAAAGCGCAGCAAAUUCAAGUUAGAAAAAUAGAAGCAGAUGAAGAUGAUCUACAUAGGAACCAAGAACUUAAAUCACAGCUUCAUCAAACUCUAGAUAGAGAACUAGAAGAUAAAGAAAAAAAGAUACAAGAAGCGCAAGGAAGAUUAGCAGAAUUGCAAAAUGAAAUAGUAAAUGGAGAACAACAAGUUUUGAAAGCAACAGUGGAACUUAAACAACUUCAGGAUGCUUUGGCUCAGAAAAAAAUUUCAGAAGCCAAUACAGAAACUCUUCAACAGCAAUUGAGUGUUAAAAUACAGCUCUUAAAUCAGUUACGAGAUGAAGCUUUGGAAUUGGAAAAACAGAUGGAAAAGCAGAGACGAGAAAUGGGGAAAAAGCAGAAGGAGAUCGAAGACUUGCAGAGCUUUAUAGAUUCUUUAGAUCCUAAAGAUCCAAGACAUGCUCACAUGAAGGCUCAGAAAGCAAGUAAAGAGCAGCAACUUAAUAUGAUGAACAAGCAUUACAAAGAACUUGAAAGUCGCCUGGAUGAGAUGCUUUCUCGGAUCGCUAGGGAAGCUGAGGAAAUUAAGGACUUGGAGCAGCAGCUCACAGAUGGUCAAAUAGCAACAAAUGAAGCACUGAAGAGGGAUUUAGAAGGAAUUAUCAUUGGGCUACAGGAAUACCUUGAAAGUGUUAAGGGUCAGGCCAAACAAGCCAAUGAUGAAUGUAAGGAGUUACAAAAAGAUAAAGCAGCUUUGCUACAGAGGUUGGCUGAACUAGAAGAGGAAAGAAACCAGCUGGAAAUAGUUGCCAUGGAUGCAGAAAACAUGAGAAAAGAAAUUACAAAGCUAGAAACCACACUCCUCGAGCAGCGUGAAAUGAAUGAUUCUCUCAGAGAGGCACAAGGGGAUCUCAGUGCAUAUGAGGCUGAACUGGAGGCUCAGUUGAAAGACAGAGAUGCUGAAGCCAAUCAACACGAGGAAGAGCUGGAGAGACUGAAACAACUUAGUCAGAUGGAGCUCUCAGCUCUGCAAGAUGAACUUGACAAAGAAAAGCAGGCACUGGAAAAUGCUCUGACCAAAGCACAGAUGUCAGAAGAGAAGGAACAGGAAAACAAUAAACUACUGUCCCAGCUCAAACAAGUGCAGGGAGACAAUAACCUUUUGAAGCAACAGCUUAAAGAUCUUCAAAAUCAGCUAAACCAUGCAAUUGAUAACUUAAUUCAUCCUGAAGAAGUCUUAGCUCGUGUAAGUGAACUCAAACGAAAAUUGCAGACAGGAGCUGGAGAUAUUAGAUGUCAUAAUUCAAAUGACACUUUAGGAAAAAGCCUUGCAGACCUGCAGAAGCAAUUCAGUGAAACCCUUGCUCAUUCACAGCAAGAAAAAGAGGAGGCAUGGGCUAGACAGAGGCAGCUACAAGAAGAGCUGGCAUCUCAGCAAGAUAUAUUGGAAGAUUCAAAGGAAAAAUACAGACAGGUUAAAUCUGAGAAGAGGCAGAGUGAGAGCAGGCUUCAUCAGUUAGAGAAGAAAAUUCAACACUUACAUGAAAAAAUAAAAAGUAUGGAAGAAAUACAGGGCCUUGCAGAUCAACAACUUCAAGAAGCUGAUGAGGAAAAGGAGAAAAUUCUUGCUCAGCUGGAAGAUUUAGAGAAUAAGAAAAAGUUGGAAGGUGCCAAGGCACAAAUGCAAUUUCUUGGCCUAGAUAAAGAACUGAAGGAAUUAAAGAAAGCAAUAGUUGCUUCGGAUAAACUGGCAGCCACCGAACUCUCUCUUGCCAAAGAUCAGCUGCAGGCUCUUCACGGAACCGUUCUCAAAAUUAACCAAGAGCGAGCUGAGGAAUUUCAGGAAGCAGAGGAGUUCUGUAUGCAGGCAGCUCAUGCAGCUCGUGAUCUUGCCCGAGCAGAAGCGGAAAUCGAAUUGUUGCAACAACUUCUAAAAGAAAAGGAAGAACAGUUUCAGCAUGAAAUGGAGAGAGCUGACGCUGAGGCUGUUGCAUCAGAUUUUCAAAAGUUUGAUCUUGAUAAAUUAAACCAGACUCUGAAACAUCAGAAAGCAGAAAUUGAACGACUGCGAAGGUUAUUAGAUAAUGUCAGGGCAGGUAACAAGGAUGAAAUACACAGCUUACUGGAUGAGAUAGCAGCACUCAGACAUGCCCUUUCUUAUCAGAAUGAUUACAUCAGCAGUAUAGCAGAUCCAUUCAAAAGAAGAGGAUAUUGGUAUUAUAUGCCACCAUCAUCAGAAGUCUCCACUCCUGGUUCUUACAGCACAAAAGACUCUGGAGUUGGCUUGCAGUGUCCUGGCUCAUCCCCAGCUAGAAAGGCCCAUGGUCAGGGCAGGCAGAUCAGGAAGGAAGACUCUGUCUCACCCACUGCAAGAGGAUAUUGGGUGUAUUCACCAGUUAGAAGCAGGUUGCACAAAUCAGAUUCCAAUAAAAAUGGAAGAGAUGAAGAUAGCGGAGGAGAUGACAAAACGGAUGUUCCCAGGGAGCCUCCCUUUGUACCGCCUCCUGGUUCUGUUAUUUAUACCGUACUUCCUGAUGGUGGCCCUGUACCCCAGGGGACAGUAGUUUAUGGACCACCUCCUUCUGGACCAGUGAAUGGUAGACCAGUUGCACCUGGAACAGUUAUCUAUGGACCACCGCCUGCUGGAACUCAUGUUGUUUAUGGCCCUCUUCCUGCUAACUUUUCUGUCCCCCUCAUUCCUUUUGGAGUGCUUCACUGCAAUGUUCCUGAGCAUCAUGACAUGGAAAAUGAAAUCUCAAGGCUUGAAGACAUUGUAUAUCAUUUAAGGUCUCAGAAACGGGACUAUACGUGGCCAGGCAUGUCUGUACAUAAACAUAAUAAAGAAAUGGAAAAACUGCAUCAGAACAUUGACAAUCUCCUACGUGAAAGGGAAGAACUGGAACGUGAAGUAGCAGAACUACGUACGGCAGCCGAGAAACGUAGCAAACGCAAGAACUUCACUGAAGGGCAUAUUGACAGCCUUAUUACAGAACUAGAGUUAGAAAAAUCUCUCAGACACCAUGAGGACAUCGUGGAUGAAGUCGAAUGCAUAGAACAGACUCUUCUGAAACGACGGGCAGAGCUCAGGGAGGCAGAUCGACUUCUUGCAGAAGCUGAAAACGAACUUGAAACUACUCGGGGGAAGACCAAAGACACUAUUCAAAAGUACAAUCAUGCCAAACAGCAUUUGUCUCACACCGAAGCUGAGGCAAAGGAGUUGGAGCGAAGGGCUCAGGAGAUGGCUGUUAAGCUUGUGAAAGCAGAUCAGCAACUAAGGUUACUCCAAGCAGAUGCAAGGGAUUUAGAGCAGCACAAGAUUGAACAAGAAGGUAUCUUGAAGGAAAUCAAUAGAGUCGUGUCAUUGAGAGAUUCUGAGUUCCAGUCCUUAGGCCAGAAGAUAGACAUCUUGACGGAAAGUCUUCAGAAGCUUCAAGCAGACAUUCAGGUUGCAGAAGGUAAUGAAGAUCAUCAUCUCCAGAUCCUGAAAGAAGCAGAAAAUGUUCUGCAGGGCAAGAAAAAUGAGCUGGAAAGAUUAACAGAUCAGAUAACCACUCAACAGCAAGAGCUGGUGCUCUUGGACCAAGAACUGGAUCAAAGGAAAGAAGAGUUGCGUCUCCUUCAAGACUGCAUUGCCCAAAGGAAAGCAGACCUCAAAGAAGCUCUUCGAGAUGGGGAGACAGACGUGACUGAAAAACGACGACAGAUAAGGGACGUGAGGUGUCAGCUGGAAGAACUGAGUGUGCAGAAAGGAGAACUGAAUGCCCAGAUAAAUGAAAAAAGAACACAGCUUUCCCUUAUAAAGCAAGACACCGGGAGAGAGGAAGAAAAUCUGCAAGGAAUACUUGGACAAAUUGCUAAGCACAAGACGGAACUGAAGCACGUUCUGGAAAUGUUGCAGCUUGAAAACAAUGAACUGCAAGGUUUGAAACUACAACAUGACCAAAAACUUAAUGAAUUGGAAAAGACUCAAGUUGCAGUGCUGGAAGAGAAAUUAGAGAUAGAGAAUCUCCAGCGAGUGGCCCAGCGCCAGCGAGGGGAAGUAGAGUGGCAGAGGCAGCUACUGGAGAAAAACCAGCAAGAAAACGAGCAGUUAAUGUCCCAGGUGCGUGCUCUGCAAAACAGCACUGAAUCUUUGAACAGAGAAAAGCAGCAGCUUGAGGAAGACUGUCAGAGCUUGGAAAUAAAAUUGUCACAAACCAAAAGAAAUUUAGCUACUACUGAAGAUAGCAGCAAAGCUACACUGUCCAAUGUAGAGAAAAUGCGGUUGGAUGUCAGAAAAUUGCAACAGGAAAUUGAACAACUAAAGAAGCAAAAAAAAUCAUUGAAUGGAGACGUGACAGUAAUACAACAGCAAAUUCAAGAAAAAAAGGAAGAGCUUGAAAUAUUGAAGGAAGAACUAAACGACUCCCGGCAGCAAGUUCAGCUGGCAGAGCAGGAUCUGAAAAAUACCACGAAGCGCCAGGACGAGAUGCUUAGAGAACAGGCAACCCUAGAAGAAGUCACCAGUGAAUGUUUAAGGAAGUGUAAAGAUUGCCAAGAGAGACAGAAAAGGAAGGAGAACCAAUUACAGCAGCUCCAGAGAGAGAUCGAAGAGGGGGAAAUGGAAGUGGCCAAACAAGAAGUGAUUCUUCAAUGCCUCAAGAAAGACUCUGAGUCUGAAGAGAAAAAAUUAGUUGAAUGUACAACUAAACUGAAAAAUCAGAAACAAUUACUGGAGCAGGAGCUAAUGGACCAGCAAAAUACAUUGGAACAAGCAAUUGCAAAAGUAAGAAUGACGGAAGAAAGGAUCAGGAAACUGGAGAAGGAGGAGAGCUGGUAUGCAGCACUUGAAGAAAGAGUCCAAAAAACCAGUCACAAGCUGUCAGAAAAAGAGUUGCAGUUACAGGAGAAAACCAAAGAAAUGGUAUCCCUCCAAGAAGAACUUGGACUCUUGAGGGCAGAGCUAAACCGUCUCCAAGAUCAGAUCAUGUCAGAGAGGGAAAAAGCAGACAAACAAGUCAUCGGUCUGAAGGAAGCCAUUCAAACCCAAAGGACCCAAUUUGAGAGAGAACUUCAUGAGCAAAAGCAUAAAAACAACUAUCUGAGGAAAGAAAUGGCAGCUGUAGAACAAGUGGCACAAGGCAACCACAAACGAGCCAAACGCUUGAUCAAGGAGCUCGGCCAGAUCCAGCAGGAUUAUCUGGACCUCAAGGCACAGAUUCAAACGCAAGAAGAUUUGGAAAAAAGACAGCAAGAAAUAAAGGAUGCAGUGAAGAUGCUUAAAUUGGAGGUGAAAGAUGAAAUCCGAACUGGGCUUAAAUCAUCAAGCCCCUCUCCUCCCGAGCUGCUGGACGAGCUGGAAGCAGAUUUUGAAGUAAAGGAAGGGCUGCAGUGUGAAUUAGAAGAUUUAAAGGAGAAUUUCCCAUUUGCAUCUAAUGAAGAAAGACAGCUGUUGUUUGAAGAGAAGCUUAAUUUAUCCAAAGUCCACCUAAUGGAUGAACACUGGCGCGGAGAAGCACUCCGGGAAAAGCUGCGUCACCACGAAGAUCGGCUCAAGGCUCAGCUACGACAUUGCAUGUCCAAGCAAGUGGAAGUAUUAAUUAAAGGAAAGCAGCAAACGGAGGGGACCCUGCACAGCCUGAAGAGACAAGUCGAUGCGCUAGACGAACUGGUCUGCAGCGCUUCUUCUGACUCCCUGUUUCUCUCCCAAAGCUCAUCGGGGCUCCUCUCCUCCCUUCAGGAUGAUCUUGAUCUUACAAAGAACCAGGCUGCUCCGACGGGAGUUGUCCAGUCCCCCGAGAGAACGACAGAGAGCAUUUCCCAAGUCGCGAUGCCGUACACAAGGACUCUCUCAGUAAAGCCUGGCGGUAAGAGAGUCGUUAAGCCAGCUUUACUUGAACAGCGUGCUAGUUGUGUAGAUCACUGUAGACCUCCUAGAGCAUGUUUAGAGUUUCUCCUCAAACACUGACCAAUGUUGAUCUGUGAAACCAGUGGAAUGGUGAAGAACCCAACUGUCCUUCUAGUACUUGACCUCUUACAGCCUGAAGACUGCUACCUCAUUAGCUGUGAAGUCUCCUUCCGGCCGCUUGUUAAGAAAGCUUGGCCCUGCAUCCCUGAGUAAUCCUUUUGUACUAAUGCUGUAAAAGUUUGUAUGGUUAUGUAAGUACUGAGUCAUUAAUGUUAUAUUGUGCCAAUUAUGUCAACUGUGAGAGGAGGAACUGCUACAGUCACUCAAAACUCGCAGUUCACUUUGUGUUUUGGUUUUGUUUUUUUUUAUACGUUGUGCCUAUAUAUUUUGACAUGCAAAUCUGAUGACAAAGGAACAUUCAUCUGGUGUCAAGAAGUGCAUUAGUCCUUUCAAAUCAGAUUACUUUGGAAUAUUUUCUUAAAAAAAAUAAAAGGGUUGUAUCAACUA